AAAGGUUAGCAACACUGUUUUGUGGUUUAAAAAAAAUGUUAUAUUUGUUUGUUUGUGUAAAGUUUGCUAAUUUGUUGUUUCUUAUAAUUUCAAUGUAAUUUAUAAUUAUUUCUACGUUCUUCUGUGAAUAUUGAAAGACGGAAAUCAUAAUUAUUGAAAAAAGUUUUAUAGUUAGUAACUAAGAGAAGUGCUACAAUGCAGGCGCAACACAAGGACGCGAUACAAAAGAACUUCACCUCACUGGUGGAGCAGACAGACCUGGACCUCAUGGUUACAGUCCUGUACGAGAAGGGAGUCUUCUCGGAGGCCAUGAUAGAGCCCUACAAGGAUGUCAAUAAAGACAUGCGUAGCAGAAAACGGUAUUUGUACAGAGAAAUUACGAGACGAGGUCCUGAUGCUUUUCGCCAUCUUGUAGAUGCCUUAUCUGAGAAUGGUUACUGGAAUCUGGUCCGUGACCUCGAUCCUGAAAACCCUUAUGUCCCUCCCUGUCCCCGACCUCGACCAGCUCCCAGUCACUCUGGAGAGGGUGAGACCAAAUUUCUCAGCCUCUUUGACCAGAGGAGAACUACAGGCAAGGAACAAAAUGAUCCAAACCGCAACCCCGAGGCUCCAAGCUCCACUAGCAAGGAUCCACAUCCAGAAUAUAAUUCUCCAGAAAACGGUAAUCCGGAGCCACCUGCACAGGGUCCCAGUGGGGACUCACUUUGCCAGAUUGGUAUUCCUCACUUUAACGUUAUCAAGUCUACCAAGUUUUUUGAAGAUAAUGGCAAUGACAUAAAGCUGUACCGCACGCGCGGGCGGCUGCGCGGCGUGCUACUGCUGUUCAGCUACAUCUCGUUCAAGUACGACAUCGAGGAGCAACGCAAAGGUGCGCGCGUCGACAUAGACUGCAUGCGCUAUCUCUUCGUCGAACUCGGCUUCAAGGUGCUCUCCUACGUCAACCUCUCACUCAAGGAAACAAAGGAAACUCUUCAGAAGUUGAAGGAUGCCAUGGGCAUGAGCGGCGAGGGCCCGGAGACGGUGUUCGUGCUGUUCUCGUCGCACGGGUACGCGCGCACCGGCACCGGCGACACCGACAUCCGCUGCUCCGACGGACAACUCAUCUCCUACUACGAAAUCAUCAAAUACUUCAACAACGAAAACAUCCCUGCGCUCAUAGGGAUCCCAAAAGUUUUCAUAUUUCAAACUUGCAGGGGCAGCAACAACGAGCACGUGCCGGCGCCGCGCCACCUGCGCGCGCCGCCCGCCCGCACCCCGCGCCCGCGGCCGCGCACGGCGCGCGACGGCCACCGCUACGACAGCGACGACGACGAGCCCGCCCACGCAGACGCCGCGCGCGACCGCAUGUACUCCGACAUCCUCAUAGCGCACUCCACCGUGCCGGGGUACGCAUCGAACCGCGACGAGGUGAAGGGCUCGUGGUACAUCCAGGCGCUGUGCGACGUGUUCGCGGCGCGCGCGUACGACUGCCACGUGGAGAAGCUGUUCACGCUGGUGGACAUGGAGCUAAGGAAGCGCUUCUCCACGCAGACCUCGUCCGUGGACCGCUGGGGCUUCAACAGGCGGCUGUACCUGCACCCCGGCCUCUACGAGGACUGACCCCGGCCUCCCCCGCCCGCUCCCCCCGCGACCGUGCGCCUCGCGCCGCCCGCGCACGCGCACAGCUUCUACUCACACGAACUGAACCUCAUACGUACUUUACAAAACGUAAUAUUGCGUAAUAACGUCUCGCUGGUAACGAGAUGUUUCAUUUUUACAAGUAGUAACAAACAUGAUAAUAUUAAAAAAAAUCAGUGAUGUUGUAUUGUAGAACUUAAGUAAUAAUAAGUUGGUGACGGAUAAAGAUGGAAAUCUUGUACGGACUUGCAACGACGUAGUAUUCGGAUUACUGUGAUAAACAUUAUUUAAUUAUGUAAUAGUUACCACAGAUAAGUUAUGUGAGUCACCAUACGUGCGGUAGCCUGCAACGAACGAAAAAACAGCCUAGUGGAAUGAGAAUGUUUUAAGUAUUUUUAUUAAACUGUUUUGUGGACAAAUUAGUUUAUCAAAAUCCGUUAUCUAUGUGAGUUUGACAUAAGCUGACGUCAUAUCUUGUACGAUAUUAUUUUCUUAGGAUCCAGAAUUAUUAUAUUCAAUCAUACCCCGAGGUACAUAGAGACGGUACCGCGAGCGUUGGGAAUUUAUAUGGAAAGGUGCAGCGCGACCGCGUACUUCGAUACUGGAACACGUAAUCAGUCCCGGUCCGGAACUCCUCCCCCUACGUGCAUUGGGCUUAAUGAUCUUGAAAUCCAUGCCCCAUCUAUGAUGUGAAAAUUAUUAGGAUUUUUUUAAAUAUAUUACUAAAAUGUGCAUUUAUUUCUAUUGUAGUAUUAAAUUACAUGAAAAUUGUAACUGAACAUUUUUAGCUCAAGAUAUUUUUAUUGAAUAUAUUUUUGUACUUAAAUCAAUAAAAAUAUUAUUAUGUUAAGGAUA